UACAAGGGCCACAAAUUCAAAUGGGUGUGGGUUUGCCGACGAAUCGAAUCCCACGGUUUCUACAACCCCAGAGACAUGAACUCCACGCUAGGAUCGGAGGUCAGAUCCUUCGAGCUCACCUUCCACAAGACAAACAGAGAAAUGGUGAUCCAUUCCUACCUUCCCCACAUCGCAAACCUGGCCAAGAUGAGGAAACAAGAAAACAAAACCAUCAAGAUCUUCACAGUGGAUUACGAGAAUAUGUACAACAUCAAUGAUAUGUGGAAGCCCGUGAUGCUGGAUCACCCUGCUACAUUCGCCACUCUGGCCAUGGAUGCCCAUCAGAAAGAUGUGAUUUUGAAGGAUGUGGACAGAUUUCUGCAGCGGAUAGAGUAUUAUCGCAAGGUCGGCAAGGCCUGGAAGAGAGGCUAUCUGCUCUAUGGCCUGCCGGGGACUGGCAAAUCCAGCUUCAUUGCCGCCAUGACCAAUUAUUUGAACUUUGAUGUCUACGAUUUGGAGCUCACGGAGCUGCGCCAGAACUCUGAUCUGCAGAAGCUGCUGCUCGCCACCGCCAAUAAGUCCGUUUUGGUGGUGGAGGAUAUCGAUUGCACCAUCUGGACCCCAGCCUGCUGUUGCCUCCCCCUCUUCUCUACCCUUCGACGCCUCCCACCUCCAUCCCUCUAUCCUCUCGCCGCCCUGCCGCCCUCCCACCUCUGCCCUCUCGCCUCUCGCCGCCUCUGCCGCCUUCCCACUGACCUUCGCCGCCUCCGCCGCCCUCCCACCUCCAUUCACCCGGCGCCGCUUCCCUCUUUUCCCCUCUGUAAAUCUGCCUCCCCCUUUCCCGCUCUGUUCCGGCGCCACCGCCUCCGCCUCUCACCUCUCGCCUCUUCGCCUCCACCUCCGCCCUCUCGCAUCCAACGUUCGAGCCGCCUCUCGCCUCUUCGCCUCCGCCCUCUCGCCUCCACCGUUCGAGCCGCUUCCGCCCUCUCGCCUCUCAUUUUGUUGGUUGUUUGA